AGCAGCUAUGAGAGCCGCCAGGCGCUGCUCCCGUCACGGUCAUCCUUUCUCCGUUCACCCCUUCAAACAAUGUUAUCUCUAUCCCGUGCGGCUCUAACGCGUUCAUCCACCGCUAAACUCAAGGCUUUGGUUUGAUUCUACCGUCUACAGUUUACCAUGGCGACGGUGGUGAUGGAGCAGAUUGGUCGCCUGUUUAUCAACGCGCAGCAGCUGCGUCAGAUCCCUCAGCUGCUGGAGUCAGCCUUCCCCACGCUGCCUUGCACUGUGAAGAUCUCCGACGUUCCCUGGGUGUUCCGCGAGCGCCACAUCCUCACUGGCUACAGACAGCCGGACCUAAGCUGGCGCUACUACUUCCUCACCCUCUUCCAAAGGCACAACGAGACCCUAAAUGUGUGGACCCACCUGCUGGCUGCCCUCAUCAUCUUGGUGAAGUGGCAGGAGAUCUCGGAGACGGUCGAUUUUUUGCGAGACCCUCACGCUCAGCCCCUCUUCAUUGUCCUCCUGGCAGCCUUCACCUACCUCUCCUUCAGCGCCCUCGCUCAUCUCCUCUCUGCCAAGUCCGAGCUCUCCUACUACACCUUCUACUUCCUCGACUACGUGGGGGUCGCCGUCUACCAGUAUGGCAGUGCCCUGGCGCACUACUAUUACGCCAUAGAGAAGGAGUGGCACACCAGAGUGCAAGGGCUCUUUUUACCCGCCGCGGCGUUCCUAGCCUGGCUCACUUGCUUCGGCUGCUGCUACGGCAAAUACGCGAGCCAUGAGCUGCCAAAGUUCGCCAUCAAGCUCUGCCAAGUGGUGCCCUCAGCCUUGGCUUACUGUUUAGACAUAAGCCCUGUGGUUCACCGCAUCUACAGCUGCUACCAGGAGGGCUGCUCCGACCCGAUUGUGGCGUACCAUUUCUACCACGUGGUCUUUUUCCUAAUCAGCGCCUACUUCUUCUGCUGCCCUCACCCAGAGAGUUUGUUCCCUGGGAAGUGUGACUUCAUCGGGCAGGGCCACCAGAUCUUUCACAUAUUCGUGGUGGUGUGCACCCUGACGCAGAUCGAGGCGCUGAAAACGGACUUCACAGAGCGCCGUCCCUUCUACGAGCGCCUUCACGGCGACCUCGCGCACGACGCCGUUGCGCUCUUCAUCUUCACUGCCUGCUGCAGUGCUCUUACCGCUUUUUACGUGCGCAACCGUGUCCGUGCCUCUCUGCACGAGAAGGUUGAGUAAGAGUUGAAAUGAUUUUAAAAAAAAAAGAGUCUAAUUUAUUUUACUCUGUAGUGACCAUUCAUUAAAAUAAUUCAGAAGUUUAUGUCAAUGAAAGUUAUCAGUUUGUGAAGUGACUUAUGAUUAUUUCUUCUCUAUGUGAUCUGCCAAACAACAGUGAGCUAAAAAAAGUGAUUUAAGGGUGUGUUUUUGUGACUUACUAGACGAAAAGGGAAUCUUAUCAUUUGUCCGUAGCAGAACAGGAAGUACGUAAACACAAUAAGAAGAAUGUGGUUUUACUUCACCGUUUCUGUCAAGUUGAGCAGAAAAAUUAAGACUAGUUUCUUAAGAUGCCUUUUACCAAAUUGUAUUUAAAAUAAUCCGACUGUGUCAAUCAAAUUGUAGCAUUUCAAAUCACACAAGCAUUUAUUUUUUACAAUUUCCAAUCCCGUAACACUUAAUAUAUUACAGUCAGAUACCAAUUUAAAUCGCUGGUCUUGAUACACACGUCUGACUCUUAUUUCCUUCUGAUUCCGCCCCUCUCUUUAAGGGAUCAAAGCAGGGAUUUUUUUUUUUUUAAUUCAUCAAGGCGCUCACACUGUGCCACACUAAUGUUUGAACAUAUUCUGGGAAAAUUGAGAACCCAGUUUGAAAACCAAAUAUUGUACCUCUUAUUUAAAAAAAAAAAAAAGAAGAAGGAGAUUUUCUUUCUUUGGGCGAUAACAUUCUGUUGAAUUACGCUGAAUAUGAGGCUGGCACUCAGUAUUGGUUAAGAAAUGGAUGGAAGAUUACUGAUGUCUCUUUGUUGUUGUGACAAUGUUAAUCUUUUUUAUUCAAAGGGCUGGAACUUCAGCUUUUGCCUUUUCACAUCCCAUGAUGUCAAAGCUUUUGCGCUCAUUGUUUUCGUUGUCGGGUGAUCAGAUUUCGAGUCACAAAAGCCGCGUCUGACUGGUGUUCUGCUUUUUGGUAUGUUUUCUUUUUGUAUGAUGAAUAUGUACGUGCCUCUAUGCAUGUCUUUUGGUAUAUACUGUGGAUAUUAAGUGUGUGAAUGUCUAUGAAAGCUUAGCCUUGCACUUCUUUCUUACCCUGUAAAUAAGCUGUAUUCCUCUCGAAAGUCAUUUGCAUCCCAUUUUGUCUCCACCUAAUGGCACUCAGAACUGAAUGCAUCUUUUUUUUGCAGUGGAAUAUGGCACAUUCCUGUGCUGAUGCAAAUGUUCAGAGUGUGUUUUGUGUUCAGUGUCCUGCGGCCUAUCAGACUUUAAAUGGCUUCGAAUACAUCAUUUUCAUUCUGCUGCACUGUUACACUGAAGGGUUCCUGUGUUUCUUUUUUUCUCUUAGUUUGAUGACUUUUGGUAUAAAAAAAAGAUAUCACACAGAUACGGCUCACUGAUAAUGUUGCUUAUAUUUUUACCUCACAAAAUCUUUAAAUGUCAGAAAUGAUCUAUAUUCAUUAGAGCACUCUCUGUUCAUGAUGGUGUUUAAUGUGCCAAUGAAUCUGUUAUUGCUUCAGUGAUGGUACUACUGAGUGAUGAAUUCAAAGACAGAAUGUCAGAAGCUGAUUUAAAUGAUGUCUUGACCUGACUGCAAACAUGUUACCAGUGAGAUUUAACCCUAACGCCCCUAAAUAUGAACCUUUUUAUCAGUUGACUUUGGCAUUACUGACCUGGUCUCAUCAUGCACUGCCUGAAAUCAACACUGUAUAUACUGUAGCUGACAACACUGGCUAUGUUUACACGCACAGAGGUAUCUGCUGUUAAUGUGGUUAUUCUGGUUUCUGCAUAAUCCUGAAUAACCUGCAGAAACCUCUGCAAGACAACUCCCUUGUUGUGCACGGUUAUUAAUGCGUUGGCAACAAGAUUGAGGCUCUAGUGCACAAGGCUAAUUUUAUACAUGUAGUCAAAUACUUCAUUGAAAGGCUUUGUUACAGGCUAAUGAUAUCCAAUUGGCAAAUGAAGCCUGUAAAUCUCUCACCAGCGCUGCCUAUGACAUGAGUUUAUUGUCCAAAAAAAUAUUACUACUGGGAUUAUAAUUUCUUUCCCAUGUGUUAUAGAGGACCUGGAUUUGUUCAAUCAGUAAGGGAGCAACUGGGAAGUGACAAGUCUUUUUUGCUAGAUAGAUUGUUUGUCGCAACAAGGACACUCUGUCACAGUUGCACAACAAAGUUCUUAACUGGAAUAUGUGCAGCACUUUGAAGUGUAUAAGUGAGUUUGUGUGUAAACGUAGCCUCUGAUGCCACCCAAGGUUUCCCUUUAUCCCGUUAUGAAAGCAGGGUGAGAGGGACCAGAAUGUCUUCUGCCUCUAAAUAAAAAAAAAAUGUGUGACUGACUGUACUAAUAUUCUGUUGUAUUUAAGAAAAUAAAGUG